AUGGCGGAGAAAGCUCAGAAAAGUCUCGUUCUAUUAGCGAACCUAAUCAAGGUUCCUCCAUUAAAAUCUUACUCUCUGUUAAACUCUCCGAGUUUUCAUGGAUUUCAACACACUCACGAAUCAAUCUCAAUCCUUGUUCGUCUCCUUCUCUCUGGGAACUUAUUCUCACACGCUCAAUCACUUCUUCUUCAAGUCAUCUCCGGAAAAAUCCACUCCCAGUUCUUCACUUCGUCCUCUCUGUUACACUAUUUGACAGAAUCAGAAACGUUAAAUACCAAGUUUCGACUCUACGAAGUUAUCAUCAACACAUAUGUUCAAUCUCAAUCGCUAGUUUCAUCGAUCUCUUACUUCAACGAGAUGGUCGGUAAGGGUUUUGUUCCUAGAUCGAAUUGCUUCAACAAUCUCUUAACUUUUGUUGUUGGGUCGUCUUCUUCUUUUAAUCAAUGGUGGUGUUUCUUCAACGAGAGCAAAAGCAAAGUUGAUUUGGAUGUGUAUAGUUUUGGGAUUGUGAUCAAAGGUUGUUGUGAAGCUGGUGAGGUUGAGAAAAGCUUUGAUCUUUUGGUUGAAUUGAGAGAGUUUGGGUUUUCUCCUAACGUUGUUAUCUACACUACUUUGAUUGAUGGGUGUUGCAAGAAAGGUGAGAUUGACAAGGCGAAAGAUUUGUUUUUCGACAUGGGGGAACUUGGAUUAGUGGCUAAUGAGCGUACUUACACGGUUUUGAUUCAUGGGUUAUUCAAAAACGGGGUUAAGAAACAAGGGUUUGAGAUGUACGAGAAGAUGCAGGGAGAUGGAGUUUUACCCAAUCUCUAUACUUAUAACUGUGUGAUGAAUCAGCUUUGUAAAGAUGGAAGAACGAAAGAUGCGUUUAAAGUGUUCGACGAAAUGCGUGAGAGAGGGGUUUCUUGUAACAUUGUUACUUAUAAUACUUUGAUUGGUGGGUUGUGUAGAGAGAUGAAGGUGAGUGAGGCAGAUAAGGUUAUGGAUCAAAUGAAGAGUGAUGGAAUCAACCCGAAUCUGAUUACUUAUAACACUUUGAUUGAUGGGUUUUGUGGUGUGGGGAAAUUGGGGAAGGCGUUGAGUUUAUGCAGAGAUUUGAAGUCAAGGGGUUUGUCUCUGUCUCUGGUCACGUAUAACAUUCUAGUUUCCGGGUUCUGUAAGAAAGGAGAUACUUCAGGAGCAGCUAAGAUUGUUAAGGAGAUGGAAGAAAGAGGGAUUAAGCCGUCGAAAGUAACAUACACAAUUCUUAUCGACACAUUUGCUCGUUCGGAUAACAUGGAGAAAGCUAUUCAGCUUCGAUCAUCAAUGGAGGAACUAGGAUUAGUUCCGGAUGUUCAUACCUAUAGCGUAUUGAUUCAUGGGUUUUGCAUUAAAGGUCAAAUGAAUGAAGCAUCGAGGCUUUUUAAGUCGAUGGUUGAGAAGAAGUUAGAACCGAAUGAAGUGAUAUACAACACAAUGAUUCUUGGGUAUUGCAAGGAAGGUAGUUCUUAUAGAGCAUUGAGGUUGUUCAAGGAGAUGGAAGAGAAAGAGUUGGCUCCAAAUGUUGCUAGCUAUAGAUAUCUAAUUGAGGUUCUUUGUAAAGAAAGAAAAUCGAAAGAAGCUGAGUCUUUGAUUGAGAAGAUGAUUGGUUCAGGGAUUGAUCCAUCUACUUCAAUCUGUAAUUUGAUAUCUGAAGCCAAAAAUGAUUUUUGAAAGAGAUUUCAUGACUUUUGAU